UUAAAGCUGCGGAGGGGUUGACAGAAAGACCCGGACGUGGAAGCAGGGUGGCCAUAAAGACCGGACAGGUGAAGUGACGUUACAUUAGCGCUCUUUAGACUUAUUAUUAUUAUUUGAAUGAAAUGUUUUAGACAUUCAAACAGCUGACGGAAGUAUGGAGGCUGAAAACUACGUCGCUAAGUUGAAUGAGCAUGUGCAGAAGGAGCGCUGCCAGCUGAGAUAUGAAGACGUCGGCUCUGUCGGCCCUGACCACAUCAAAACGUUUACCGUCAGGGCCAUCCUGAAUGGAAAGACAUAUCCUGAUGGCGUUGGGAAGAACAAGAAGGAAGCCAAACAGAACGCGGCUAAAAACGCCCUCAGCGGGGUGCUGGAGGACCAAACUGAAGCUACUGAAAAGACAGCAGAAGUUCCUGCUUCACCGAUCCAUCAGUCAGGUACCAGCACGGUCAACUUCAUCAGUUGGCUCAAUGAAUAUGGACAAAGACAAAGACUUCAAAUACGAGCUGUGGAGUCAACACAAGUGGGAGCAAACUGCGCCCUGCACUUCGUGGUUGGUGAUAAGGCGUAUCCAGCGGCUACGGGAAAAACAAAAAAGGAAGCUAAAGAGGAAGCAGCCAAGCUUGUGUAUCGGGAGAUACGUGGCAGUAAAACCUCAGAGACAGGAGAUGAGAAAAGCAGCUUUGCAUCAAGUCAACAAGAAGCAGACGUCUGCGAUAAGACAAAGAGUCCGAUUGUUAAAGAUUUUCCCGAGACAAACGUGAUCGGACUCCUCAACAACUACUGCCAGAAAUCAAAGCGCUUCCAUGAUUACGUGUUUGAGAGGAGAUGUGGUCUUCCUAAUAACCCUCAGUUUUAUUACAAAGUAGUGAUCGAGAAAAAGGAAUACCCGGUUGGCGAGGGAAAGAGCGUGAAGGAAGCCAAACAGAACGCAGCUCAGCUUGCCUGGUCUGCUCUGCAGGAACAGUCUGACUUUGACAGCCAGAUAUCUCCAGGGUCAGCUGUGUCUGAAGAUUCUGCCCUCGCCAGUCCGUCCAAACCAACAAGCGUAGAGGAGUCCUCUGAUGCUAAGUCCUGCAGCGUGCAGACAGCUUCCAGUGACUCCUUCAUUGUUUUUGCAGAUUCUCCGUCUCCUGCCAAAGAUCAG